AAGAAAGCCAAACGAUUGAUAUUGAUAUUAUUGUUAGCCGCUCGGCUCCUCCGCUACAUCGGCGCUGCAGUCAGUGUUUCCGUUCUCUGCUCACCUCCAUUUUCUUCUUUAAAUUAUUCCAUCAAUAAAAAAAAACAAAAUCAUUUUUAAAUAUUAUUAUUUUCUUCAAUCUGCGAAGACAGAGGCCUCUGCAAAUUCUUCUGGCUUGCGUUUCUUCGUUUUCCUGUCGUCGUUUCUAAGAUUUGUGCUGUAGAAAUUAUUAAAAAUGGCACAAGGAAGCAUGGACCCUGCUGUUUUGGACGAUAUCAUAAACCGUUUAUUGGAUGUCAAGAACGGUAGACAAGGCAAACAAGUUCAACUCAGCGAGGCCGAGAUCCGCCAACUCUGUGUGGUCUCCAGGGAAAUCUUCCUUCAACAACCUAAUCUUCUCGAACUCGCUGCACCCAUCAAGAUCUGCGGAGAUAUUCAUGGGCAGUAUUCAGAUCUUUUGAGACUUUUUGAAUAUGGGGGCUUCCCUCCUAAUGCUAAUUAUUUAUUCCUUGGGGACUAUGUAGACCGUGGCAAGCAGAGUUUGGAAACAAUUUGCCUUUUGCUUGCAUAUAAAAUCAAAUACCCCGAGAACUUCUUUCUUUUAAGAGGAAAUCAUGAAUGUGCCUCUAUCAACCGGAUUUAUGGAUUUUAUGAUGAAUGCAAACGCCGAUUUAAUGUUAGAAUAUGGAAAGUAUUUACUGAUUGUUUUAACUGCCUUCCUGUAGCUGCUCUAAUCGAUGACAAGAUAUUGUGCAUGCAUGGUGGCCUUUCCCCUGAUUUAACAAAUUUGGAUCAAAUUAAGAUGUUGACCCGUCCAACUGAUGUUCCAGAUUCUGGUUUACUUUGUGAUUUACUUUGGUCAGAUCCUGGACGAGAUGUCAAGGGCUGGGGAAUGAAUGACCGGGGAGUCUCAUACACUUUUGGGCCGGAUGCGGUGGCAGAAUUUUUGAUGAAGAAUGAUAUGGACCUGGUCUGUCGUGCACAUCAGGUUGUUGAGGAUGGGUAUGAGUUCUUCGCUGAUAGACAGCUUGUCACAAUAUUUUCUGCUCCCAAUUAUUGUGGUGAAUUUGAUAAUGCUGGUGCAAUGAUGAGUGUUGAUGAAAGCUUAAUGUGCUCUUUCCAAAUCCUUAAGCCUACAGAUAAAAGGCCUAGGUUCUCAUGAAAAAAUAUGGUGAUUUCUGUUCAAAUUGCGCAUAGAAUUGAUAAUUAUAUUGUGAGUCAAGGAAAAAACAGUUGAAGAUAAGCCUGUUUUAUAGCGCCUUCAGUGUUGGAAGUUGCAGACUAAUAUGCUUCUUUCAGCGUUGAGGCGAUGAGUUAUUUUUUUAAAAAAAUAUUGUGUCGAAAGAGGAGCUCUUCAACUUCAUAGGGCGGCAACAAUGGGGAGCAAAUUCAUAUUUUUCAAUUAAGUAUUCACACGGAAAUUUGAUGACCGUGUAUAUUCAUAAUGUUUUGUAAUUGACUGCACUUUGUAGAAUACAAGACCCAGAUUGUCUUCUUCAAUAUAAAUUCUCUCUAUGUCGCUAAA